CCCUCUCUUCCUCUGGCUCUACUCUUUUCUGUCUAUCUUUCUCUCAUUAUUUAAAAAGGAGUUGGCGGGAAUUACAUAUUUGUCUGUGGCUGUAGUGGGUUGGUUUUUUGUUUGCUGUGCUUUCAGUCUCACUUGACAUUUCGGGGAGAUAUUGUAUAUUUUUUAGUCCUCACGUGUACUUUUAUUUUUUAAAUUUUUCUUCUGCUUUCAGAGGCUACUUGGCUCCUGCCACACCCCCCUCUACCUCCAUUUUUGACACCACUUUUGAAGAAGAUUAAACCAAGCAAGCAGUCAAAACCUUUGGAAGAAUGAGCACCUACAACAUUUCUCUGAGUGGGCCGGCCCCAUGGGGCUUCCGAUUGCAGGGAGGGAAGGACUUCAACAUGCCCCUGACCAUCUCCAGGAUCACCCCUGGGAGCAAGGCACAGCAGGGCAACCUGAUCCAGGGUGACAUCAUCGUGGCCAUCGAUGGGGUCAGCACUGAGGGCAUGACCCACCUGGAGGCCCAGAACAAGAUCAAGUGUGCCAGCUUUAACCUGGCCCUCACCAUGCAGAAAUCAAAGCGCCCAGCUUUGCAAAGCGCCACCCCAAGAAUCGACUCUCCCAUGCAACAGAUCCCUCACCAGAAGGUUAUUUUCAACACUCCUGCCAACAACGAGUACGUCCCCAACUUCAACCCCAAUGUGCUGAAGGACACUGCCCUGUCCACCCACAAGCCCAUCGAGGUGAAGGGUCCUGGGGGCAAGGCCACCAUCAUCCAUGCCCAGUACAACACCCCCAUUAGCAUGUACUCCCAGGACGCCAUCAUGGACGCCAUCGCCGGACAGUCCCAGUCCAAGGGCCACGAGGGCGGUUCGCUCCCAGUUAAAGACGCUCAGGUAGACAGUGCCUCCCCAGUGUAUCAGGCUGUCAUCAAGACUGCAGACAGGGACAUGGAGUUGAAUGACUGGGCCCGCAGCUCCUCCCAGGUGCAGUCCAAGUCCUUCCGCCUCCUCGCCCACAUCACGGGAACGGAGUUCAUGCAAGACCCAGACGUGGAACAUCUGAGGAAAUCAAGGGAAAAGUUUGACACAGAAUUUAAAGGCCCACGUUUUGCAAAAUUGAAAAAUUGGCACAAUGGCCUGUCUGCUCAAAUCCUUAACGUGCCAGAAAAAGCCCUGACACACAGCCCUACAUGGGCUGUUGGUAUAUAUGAUUUUCGGCCUCAGACUGCUGACGGUUUUCUCUCAAUGCAACCUAACCUCUUAUGCAGUAGCCCUGUUGAGCAUGCUCCAGUCUCCAUCAGCCCCGCACCUGUCGCUCUGCCUGCUAGCGCUGCUUCGCCCAAUCAGGUGGCUUCACCUGCUGCUUCGCAGUCUCCAGAGCCCGCCCCCGUAGCCCCUGAGAGCGAGCAGCCACCCCCAGACACCCAGACACAGCCAGUGGCCCCUGAGGCCCCUGCAAUUCCCUCUGGGGGACCCCGCCACCUGACGCAUGCAGCCUCCCAUAUCUCGUCUGCUCUGAUUACACAGUCUAGAAACAAGGUUUAUAAGCAAGGGCCACCGCCCACCUCUGCACUGGAGGCUCUGUCAAUCACCCCAGUGUUCCGAACCAGCACUUUGCCCAAACGAAAGCGCACCCUGCCCUCUGGGAAACCCAAGCACCUGAGCAGCUACAGCCUGCAGCAGUCUGCCUCUGGUUACAGCUCCCAGCACAAAUCCUCAGUCUCCAGCCAAUAUGGCCAGGCUCCCCCCAUGCAACAAGCCCCUCCCAUGUACCAGGGGCAAUCCAUGUACCAGGGGCCUCCUAUGCAGCAGGGACCUCCCAUGUACCAAGGGCCUCCCAUGCAGCAGGGACCUCCCAUGUACCAGGGGCCCCCCAUCCACCAGGCUCCGCCUAUGCAGCAACCUCCCAUGCAGCAGCCUCCCCACAUGCAGCAGCCUCCCUACAUGCAGCAGCCUCCUCACAUGCAGCAAAGCUCCAUCCAGAUCCCUGUGGGCCCUCCCCCACCCAAGGUGGUCAGCACCGCCUGCAUCGUGCCAGCUCCAGCCCCUGCCCCUGUUCCACCCCAAGCCGCAGCCCAGGCCACCCCUGAACCCCCCUCCAGCAGGCCCCCCUGGAUUACUGACGACUCUUUUGCCAAUAAAUUUGACCCCAGCAAGACCACCAGCACCAGCAGGAAAGUGCCUGCUCUACCUCAGAGUGCCCCACCAGCACCGGCCUACAUCCCAAACCCUGGCUCUGCCCACACCCCUCACUCUGCCCCAAGCCCUGCCUAUAACCCCAGCCCUGCCCCAUACAACCCCACUCCUGCCCCUUUCAAUCCCGUUGCCCGGGGUGUGGCCCAAAGGGCGGAGCGCUUCGCUGCCAACAGCAACAGAGCACCCCUCUGUGGGGCCUGCAACAACAUGAUCAGGGGACCCUUCCUGGUGGCCUUGGGUCGCUCCUGGCACCCAGAGGAGUUCAACUGUCACUACUGCCACACAUCGCUUGCAGACUGCAGCUUUGUGGAGGAGCAGAACGCAGUAUACUGUGAGAACUGCUACGGAGAGUUCUUUGCCCCCACCUGUGCCCGCUGCAACACCAAGAUCAUGGGGGAGGUAAUGCAUGCUCUGCGGCAGACAUGGCACACCACCUGCUUUGUGUGUGCUGCCUGUGGCAAGGCCUUUGGAAAUAGCCUCUUCCACAUGGAGGAUGGGGAGCCCUACUGCGAGAAAGAUUACAUUUCACUCUUCAGCACCAAGUGCCAUGGCUGUGACUUUCCAGUAGAAGCUGGAGACAAGUUCAUUGAAGCACUGGGUCAUACCUGGCACGAUACCUGCUUUGUCUGUGCGGUGUGCAAUUUGAACCUGGAGGGCCAGCCCUUCUACUCCAAGAAGGACAAGCCCCUGUGCAAGAAGCAUGCUCACGCAAUCAACGUGUAGAUGCUCCAUCUGCAGUCUUAUGGGGUGGUGGGCAGGUGCUUACAUAGCUAUGCCCAAGCCUUGGCAAAGAGCCCUGUAGAGGGCAUUGAUGCCAGUCAAAAUGAUGAAAAACACAAGCUGAAGAUAAUAGCAACAAGAUUGACUGUUCAGUAAACCGAUCAGUCAGUCGUGACAAAAUUUAAGUAUUUUCAUUGGUACUGAAACUCAAGACAAAACUGCCUAAAAUGCUGCAGCUCCCUCAGAAAAUGUGUUACGUUUGUAUUUAUUAAUAUCACUUACAAAUGAAUUAUAUUGUAUAUCAGAGAAUUCUGAUGUAAACUAUUUGCUACCACUCAGGUCCUGGGGGGCCUCAAUCCAGUGAGGCUGGAGCAAAAGCCUUAGCAGCCUACAGACACAGGCAGACUGAGUGGAGUAGCAGGGUAAUCAGUAAAUAAGAUGCCUUAUUUCACAGAAACACUGUGUGCUUAGUUUUUAAUGUAAAAACCCAAAUAGCAAAACCCAAAUAGCUUGCAGUGAAUGUAAUAAGACCAUUUUAGUAUCACAUACAGUAGAUUUAAUGAUGCCUCACGCUGACCAAAAGAGCACAGAAUGUGAACUGAUACAGUAUAGCGUGACACAUGUAGGCCUACUAAUACUGUUUGAUUUCACAGAGGUUUUAUUAAAGUGACAGUUUAAUAAGUAAUAUUUAUUGCAACUUUGGCAAAGUGUUAUUUAUUUACAUAGAAGAAAACGGAAGUAUAACAUCCAUGGAUGUUUAUAUUGCUGAUAAAACAAAAAAAAGUUAUUUGAAUUAUUUUGUUUUGUAUGUAUGCAGUUGCAUCAUACAGAGGUUCAUAGUAUUAUAUGAAGAACCUGUCACUCAAACUCUUUCAUCCUGGAUUUAUUUAUUUAUUAUAUACAAAGAUAGCGCUCUGUUACAUUAUGAUACAGUAAUACUAUACCAACUUUGGGGAUCUCUUUAUGGGGUAGAGAAGUUAGGUUUUUGGAAUGUGUCUCUUAAACGUGAUUUAUUCCUGACUUGAAAUCAAGGAACCACUCUGUGUCUUUUACUGCAUGUAAUGGGAAGUUUGGGGAGGUGCACGGACGGUGGACACAGAGCCAGAUAGAUAUGUCACAAUGGGUCGCCGGACUAUCAUUUCUCCGCGGCUUUGGACUCUGAAUUGCGCUUAAGGGAGGCAAGCUCUGGCCUGGGGUCUUACAAAUACAUUUUACACAACAAAUGUCUAUGCAUGGUGAUCUGCCUUACACCCAUAUGAAGCGCUUAAUUUAAAGAAGAAUUUAUAGGAAAUAUCUGUCAAGGCCAAAAACAGCCAAACACAAUCAUUUCUCACUCACUAGCACACACACCUUAAAGGUCAGUUGAGACAGUGUGCUUGUGUACAACCUUUUUACUUUCAGAGUUUAUUUUAUACAUCUUUGUGUAUUUUCUGUGUUUGUGUAAGUGUGUGCGCAUGCAUGAGUUUGUACAUGAUUGUCAGUGCAUGUCUACUGAGGCAACAUCAGUAUUAGUUAUGUAUUUGUGCCACUAGAGUAGCAAAGCAUAUUGUGAUUUUACAUAACUCUAAGAACACUACACUGAAUACUUUUGAUAUGCAUACUGUAAGUGUGUAGAUAAACUGGUAAGAAAAGCAUAGUCAGUGCCAGUUCAGAAUAAACCUUACAUGGUACCAUUGGAGGGAAAUUAAGACAGACUUGAAUUGUUGCUAAAUAGUUGUUUACUGAAAGUUCAGCAUAUUGAAACUAGUUGUAUAGUUUCCAACCACUAGAGUGCAACAGAGUGUUGAAACCGUGCUGCUUUCCAGGCCCCAUGUGUCAGCCAGCAAUAUCAUUACACUUCCUCCAUAAUCAGAAAUUGUGGACAGCAUAGGGAAAACGAUUGUUAGGGUUAUUUAGAUAGUUCCCCUUUAUUAAAAAAAAGACUAUUGAGUCAACAUGAUGA